GUUUGUCAGGCAGGACGCGCUGUACCCGGUGAGAGCCUUACAUCGUGCGUGGCCAUAAGGUUGUGGUCUGGGCGAGAAGAGCGAGACAUUACUUAUCAAGAAUGAUGCAGACGUUGUUACUGCUGCUGUCGAUAGCGACGAUUGCAUGGACACAGGAACAGUUUGCGCCAUACUGCCGGACCCCUUUCCAGUGGAUUCGACACCCGACUGACUGUGCCCGGUUCUGGCGGUGCGUGUGGAGUCGGCCGGUGGAGAUGCCACCUUGUCACGCCGGCACCAUCCUCUCCGCCAAACUCAACGUCUGCGUCUACAUCGGCAGCAUUUGGGACGACUGCGGCAGUAGUACACCAACGGUCGGCGUGACGGAGACGCCCGCACCACCCCCGCUUACCCCCGAGGACCGCUGUGCCCGAGGGGAGACGGUCUUCCCCCACCCAGAUCACUGUCAGCUGUACUACAACUGCAGCCGUGUGUACACCCAGGUGCCACGCUACUUUAAGCAGUAUUUACAGGAGUGCCCCUACCCCCAGGUGUUUGACGUGGGGUCGGGAGCCUGUCGGGACUUCCAGUUGGUCAACUGUGGCACGAGGGACGAGACUAUCAAUGCUUGUGACUACCGUCAGAACUGGUGCCCCGUGUCCCACUGCUCCCCCUGCGGUACCCGCCUCCCGUCCUGUCAAGGCCGUCCCGACGGACCCAACCCCUUCCCUGGGAGGGAGUGGAGCCCCUGGUACAUAGAGUGCCGCCAAGGAAGAACCAUCACCACCACACAGUGCGAGAAGGACAUCAACUUCAGAGUGCCACAGUACUUCAACAUCGAGACAAGCCAGUGUAUAAACUUGUUCCGCAUUCCCCGAGAACGUGGGGGUUUGAUGCCAUCGUGCGAGGGUCUGUUUGACGGGUCCUACCCGGUGGAGGAGAAGGUACCGGGGGUGAAAUUCAUCUGCUCCGGGGGUAGGUUACUGAACCUCAGAUACUGUCCCGACGGGUCAAGCCCGCGCCCAGAGCCUAGGACGUGUAUUUACUCAUAGCAAGGAGUCCCGGAGAAAUAUUUUGAACCAGGAUCGUGAUUUCAUCUCCUACCAACCAAAGCAUAAGAAUAACUGUCGUCGUGUUCUCCACUGUCCGUCGUUUUCUCAACUGUCCAUCGUCGUUAGCGUUGCCGUUCUUGAUGUGAUUACUCUUAUAACGCCGUAUUUACUUCCAUGUUUAUCGUAAUCUAUGUGCUGAUGUCGCCAUUUGUCUUUUGCGUCACAGAUUCAGUUUAUAGAAUGUGCGUACCUUGUAUUUGUACACAACACUGCGUAUCUGUAAAGGAGAUCUAUAUUCGUUAUGAUCAAACAAAGUCUUAUCUGUUGUCGCCGACAUUGUGCACAAUACAUGUAAAAAUUAAAGGGGGACGACGCUCGGGCAGAUUGGCUUCCCAGCAAAAUUAUUGAAGCCUCCAAAAAACCAGUACUGGUGCCUGUUUAGCAGUCAUUAUGUAGACCAAACUUUACAUAAGAUUAUUAAUGAAAUUACACAGAGCCAAUGCUUUAAUUGAUCAGGUAUAAAUUACAAAAUCUGGGACUAUGCUGAACAUGGGCAGCAGACCUCUGAGCACAGUCCCCCUUUAAAGUUUUAAUCAUAGAGCACAGGAUGUAUACUGGAACAUAUUAUAAACGCAACGUCACGAACAAGCGAUUCUAUAAAUUUUAUCCGUCCUGAAAGUACUUCACCUCCGUCGUUUGACGACUUCAUGAAGAUACAGGAGAUGCAGGUCUGAUGACGGUCUCGUGGCUUGAUGACGUCACCGUUCGCAAAGGACUGGCUUCGAAAUGGCCAUGCACGUCAGAAUAUCAUGUAUAUUACUCUUGCCAUUUGGUAUGAUAUGAAUAUCGGUGGUAAGUUAGAAAGUCAAAUGUUGUGUUUCGUUAUUGUUUCAGUAUGCAUUGGGUGUAGUGUCAGAGUUAAAGGUGCAUUUCGUUAUAUGUUCAUUUACAUGCGUCCGUCGUGUAACAACAAUGUGUUCACUGUUCACCCUUCAUGUGUUCUCGGGUCAGUGUACAUUGUUCAGAGUUCAACAGUCAGUGAUCAUGAUGUGUCCACGACGUAACAGCUGCCAAUAUUAAAUUCGAUUUUUCGCUUUUGGCUGUUCACAUAUACAUUCUGUUCAGCAACACAUUCCAGUGUAUUGUUCACAGCAGUGUUCACGGGGCAGUGUUCACGGGGCAGUGUUCAUAUCACUGUUCACAAUGUAUUGUUCACAGCAGUGUUCACUGUGUAGUGUGUACAUCGCAUUCCAAAGUGCAGUGUUCACGCCAGUGCUAACUGUGCAGUCUGCACGUCAUUGUUCAUGAUGUUGUGUUCACGAUGUGUUCACGAUGUGUUCACGAUGUGUGUGUGUCCUUAAUUCAACACUUACUUUCAGCGAUCUCUUCUUUCAAUUUGUAAAUAGCAUGUAAGUAAUAUGGACAUACUCAAUGGUAUAGCUGACCCGAAGUCAAUGACGUCUUAGGAAAAUUAUCUUCAAUGUUUGAUCAAACACUUCAUUUCUUGAGGGUGGGGACGUUUUAUUGAAAUAUUUCAAUACCGAGCAUAUGUGUCAGUGUGUUAUACUUCGUGACUAAAUUGACUGAUACUUAAGAAAUCAUCUAACACAAUGUGAACUAUAUGAAAAAGAAUCAAUACAUAUUAUUUCUUUAUAAAAAAAAACGUUCAUCAACAAGCGUGGCGCGUUCAAAACUAAGCUCCAUAGCAGAACAUGCAGGUUUCGGCGCUGUAACGAGAUUGCCUUCCCAUUAUGUGAAAUGUUAGAAUUUAUACCAUCCGAGAUCCCUCGUGUCAUUCCAGGACAUGCCGAAUGGCGGUUCCGGAAAGAGGCGAGUGGUGACGAAUGAUUUGAUACAGUUAAUUGACCUUCUCCAGUUAAUCGGAUGUUUUGAUUUCGAUAUGAAUGAAACAGAUGUGUACAUAGUUUGCAGAAUAUGUUUCAUAUAUGUACAUAAUGUUUUGAGAUUUAUUUAUUUUAUUUCAAUAAAAUUUCUUUCUGAUGAA